GCCGGGCAAAUACUGAGACUGACUAACGUUUUACUCACUUAAUGAAUAUUUCACAUUUCUGACAAGAUAGAAUGGCAACCGCUAAGUUCAAGAGUGUUUCACCAUACACGCAACAACCAUCACCUCCGCCGCAGGAUUAUAUUUAUAAAAAGUAUCUAGAGGAUCUGGCACUGAAUAAAAAUGUACGUCAUCCUAAAGUGAGACUUGCCCUGUUUGGAGUUGGUCGUGCUGGAACCAUUCAUUUGAGCAACAUUAUUUCCAGUCCACGUGUGAAAUUAUUAUAUGUUGUAGACGAUAUCGAGUCCAAUUGGGCGAAUCUUAAGGACUACUGGCACCUUGAUGAUGUUGUCUUAUUGAACAGUAAACAAACGGACAGAGUAUACAACGAUCCCAAUGUAGACGCAGUUGUCGUUGCUUCACCAACAUUCACGCACGAGGGAAUCGUAAGGAGAGCUUUAGAGGCGAAAAAAGCGGUGUUCUGUGAGAAACCAAUUGCCGAGGACACUGCCAACUCGAUCAAAUGCUACGAGACCGCUAGAAAGAUCGGCAAACCUUUGUUCUGCGCCUUCAACAGACGAUUCGAUCCCAGCUACUCCACAGUCAGGGACAGAGUGAGGAAUGGAGAAGUUGGACACGUUCACGUUAUCAAAACAGUCUCCCGUGACUCUCCUCUUCCUAGCAUCGACUAUCUGAAGAUCUCUGGAGGUAUAUUCCAUGACUGCAUGGUCCAUGAUUUUGACAUCAUAACUUGGAUCCUUGGCGAGUAUCCCAUUAAGGUUUCAGCCCAGGCACAUGCACAUAUUCCAGAAAUCAAAGCAAUCGGCGACCAUGACACAGUUGUAGUCACGCUGUACUUCCCGUCAGGAACUUUGGGGAUGGUCGACAUAUCACGAAACAGUUCCUAUGGUUAUGACCAACGUCUCGAGGUGUUUGGUCCUAAGGGUGUGAUCAGGGCAGACAAUGAACAGCCAAUACACUGUGUCACCACCCAGUACGACCAGGACGGAAUAAACAGCGCACCAAUCUGGUAUUCGUUCGCCAGUAGAUUCAUGAAUGGCUAUCGUCGUGAGCUGGAUCACUUUGUCGACGUUGUACUUGGUAAAGCCGAAAGCUCUGUACAGCCCAAGGAAACCUUAGCUGUAAUUAAAAUUGCGGCUGCGUGCCAAGAAUCCGCUCGCACUGGUAAAAUAGUGGACAUAACAUGGGCACCAAACGAGCUGCCCUAAACGAAGCCCUAUCGUUUGGCGAAUUUUUAUCGUUUACAUGCCACUUCAUCAUUUUCUAUCCUGCGCAAUCGUGGCACAUUGGCAAUCGUGAUUGAUCUUUUUCGAAGAGAUUUUCAUCUUCUCUCUCACGAGAUGUGGAAAGGCUGAAAUUAUUUUCGUUAAAUUGUAACGCGUGAGUGAAAAGACGUAGGUGAAUUUUGUUUGUUACACAUUCUUUUUUCUCCUUUUUUUUCUUUUAUCUUUCCUAGUAUAUUCUUUUUAUAGUAAUAUAAAGAAAAUACAGAAAAACACCAUAUACCCUAAAUAGAUAGUAACGAUACAAAAUUCACGUUGUCCGUUGCAGACACGUUUAUGAAUGUUUGUGAAAACGAAACAAUAAAAAUUUCCACAAGUUUA